AGGGAGUUGUGGAAAAGGACAAGGAGUCCCUUGGAAAGAUCCUUCAGGAGGUAGCCAACCUGGAUGCAAAUGAGAAUUCUUUCAGUCUGAAGGAACAUUUCUUCAAAGACAUUCAGAUUGAUUGGCCUGGCUACAGUGAAAGAGAUAGAAAGACAUUGGAGGUGACCCUUUUUCAAAAAACAGCUCCAUCUCCAAAUGCCACCAGCACCAGCCAGUCACUGUCUCUGGGACGUUCUGAAAGAAACACUCCACCGAGAACUGCUCAGAAACGGCCUCUGGCUUCUGCCUUUAUCCAUCCUGUGAUGACAAAGAAACAGAGGAUUGACCAAGAGCCCCAUGGUAUCCAUCCAGCAGCUGGUGGCCGCUCUCCUUCUUCCUUGGACCUGCCUUCCACAUCCUGCUCAACUUUGAACCUGGCUCCAAGUGUCAGCUCCAUUUCCACCUCCACCCGUCAGCUACAAGAGAAAGAUAAAAUUCGGACUCCAUCUGGAAUCCCAGCGCCUGUCAGGGUGCAGGGGAAGAUUCCCAGCUCCAAAGGAGCAAAAGCAGUGGUCAGAGGAGCCCAGCAAAGCAAUUCAGGUCCUGUGCCUGAGAAGAAGAGGAUGAUGUCUGUGAGACUUGCAGACAUUGACUGGAGCGGUUGCGCUGCUGUUUACGGCCGACCCUACAGGGACAGGGUGAUUCAUUUACUUGCUCUGAGGGAUUACAAGGAGCCAGAGUUACUUGCUCAGCUGCAGAGAGAUGGAGUCAGGCAAAAGGACAAGGAUUCCCUUGGAAAAAUCCUUCAGGAGGUGAGAUCGUGGAGCUUGUGCCACUCUUCUUCCCCGCGGUGA